AUGGAUCCGUCAACGGACACCCUCCAAGAGCCCGACUUCCACGAAAUCCUCACGAAACGCCUCCGACUACGAACACUACGGGUCACAGAUGCAGAAGCUCUUCUGCCUCUGAUAUCACUUGAAUCGGUGAUGAGAUGGACAAGCCACGGUGUAGUCUCUACCCUAUCCCAAGCAGAGCGCUGGACAAGCGACAGAGCGCUCGGGAAGGAUGUCUUCAAUUUUGCUAUAGAGCUUCGACAGCACGACCUCAGAGAUGGCGACAAGCGGCCAAUCAUCGGCGUCGUGGGAAGCUUUCAUUUGCCUUCAAUAGGGUAUAUGAUUCAUCCUGACCACGCUGGCAAUGGCUACGCCACGGAAGCCUUCCUCGCCGUCCUGCCUCAGCUUUUCGACCGCAUACCGCCGCUCAGCGAAGGCGGCAGCGGCUUUGACCAUCUAGAGGGUUGGGCAGAUGUAGAGAACCGGCCCAGUCGAAGGAUCCUUGAGAAGUGCGGGUUUACGCUCUGUGAGAUGAGACCGGAUCCUGACAAUGAUAUACGCGGUGCUUCAGAAAUCGCGAUAUACCGCAAAGCCCGCCCUGGGAGGACGUUGGAAGAGCUUGGUCUUCUGCCGAUCGACGAGGGUAGUGUGCAGUCGAAGGCUCCCACGCCUCCUGUGCAGUGA